GAAAUUCCCAAGAUUUAGUAUCAAACGGGUGCACGUCCAACGCGGCCAGCCGACGGCGAAUGCAAGCAAUGGACGCGGUCGGUGACGAGAUAUCCCCGCCGUCGUCGCCAUUGAAGGCACACAACCACCAUCAUCGGUCUCGAAAAGGUGAAAAGCGAGAGUCACCGACUCGACAAUCGUCGUUGGAGAAGAAGGGGUGGAAGAAGCAACACGAUGUGCCCCAAAUGCAAUUCAUCGACUUUGACGUGAUCAAAGGCUCAGCGUUUUUCAACACGAAGCCCAGCAAGUACAACAAGGAGCUUGUACGACAGGGCUUUUACCGCGCGAUCUUGUUUCCGGUCUUUACUCGGUACUGGCGAGAGAAGGACCCACUCUUCUACGCUGGAGCGACGGUGGUGUACGUGGUGCACGUUGUUGCAGCCGCCUUGUAUCUCGCCGACGACCGCAAUGAACCAGGCCCACUCACAGCGUUCGAAAUAUGGACUCCUGUCGUGCUUCUCAUUCUAACCGCGUGCGGAUACGGUCGUGUAUCGUCGAUCGUGCUGUCCGCCGAUCCCGAAGGCAGCAUGAGCUUGAACGGGCAUUUGCAAGCCAUCAACCUCCAUUCGCCUGUGUCAACGCCACAGGCCGGGAGCAAAGGAAAAACAUCGCGCGAGCAUGUGUCUGUUGUGGACGGAUCAACGAAUGAUCCAUCGUUGUUGGAGUCGGAAGGUUCGUCUGGGGAAAGUGGCGACAGUGACAGCGACGACGGGGCAUCGUCGUCGUCGGACGAUGAGGUGCCAAAAGCUCUGGACGAGCACGACGACUUGCCGAGUCAAUUUACGCGAAGUCGACGGCACGGCGCCCGAAGGUUGAGCGAAUCCUCGUUCGGUGCUGACCACAUCACUCAUCGCCGCGUCAAAGUUUGCGUGUGGAAAGGCAAUCAGGUCGUGAAAGAAGCCAUGUCGAUCACGGAGCUGCGCAACCACAUCCUGCUCAAGGUGAAAUCGCAGCCACCGCGACACUUGUAUCGCACAGUCGCAAAGCUGAGUGGGUGUUUGGUGGCGCUCGUUCCACUGCUCUUUCGCGUGCUGCAGCGCUUUACCGACCAAAACAUCAACAUCUACGACCCUUACGUGUUGUACGAGGCGGUCCCUCUCUUGAUGUUGAAAACGUCACGGCUUCCACUUGCCGCCGUGACCCAGGCAGUUCGCGAUCACUUGUGCUUGGAGUCUCUCCUGUCGAUCUCGUGUACGUUGGCAACGUACAUCAUGGGGAGCGUCAUCUUUUCGGCGCUCGCGGAUGCCGAAGUUACGUACCACCGACGAUUUCUGUACGCCAAGUGCUUCACCGCCCUGACGUCGUCGCGGCGGUCCAAGGCGUCGCACUUGCCUCAUUUUCGCCUGAAGAACGUUGUCAACAUCAAAGCGUGGCUGAGUUUACGCGGUGGGAGGUCGUGGCUCAAGCGGCAAGGACGGCAGCGCGCCGCCGAUGAGAUCGUGUCGACCAGUUUUCUCAUUGUGCUGCUCUUCUUGGCCGUCAUGGGGGUCCAAGCGGUGUCGGAAACCAUCCCCAACACAUCGUCGCAGCUGUCGACCGUGCUGCACACAGAAGUGACUGUGUGGUGCUUGCUUUCGAGGUGGGCGUCGUGGUUUUCGUGGUGUUCCUCACGCAGACGUAGUGUGUUUUUGCUGCGCUUCAUGAUGCUUGGGUCCAACAUCAAUCGCAAGUAUCAAAACACGUCGCUCCUCUUGACCGAACAAAUGAACGUGUAUCUCAAGUUGCUCGUGACCCCCGAGAAGAAGGAGAAGUUGCUCAUUUCCAACAACGUGCUCAAACUUGCGAGCAAGCUGCUCAAGGAACUCAAUUCGCCAAACAAGAUCUCUGGCCUCACGAUGAAUCCGCUCUUGUACAACGUCACGCGCGUCGUCGUGCUGUCCGCGUUCUCCUCGGCCCUGUCGGAAGUGUUUGGGUUCAAGCUCAAGUUGUGGAAGAUGAAAGUGUAGCUAUGUUUGGAGAAAAUGAACUACACUUUCGGGCAAUUUCAGGCCGUUUCCGU